AUGUACCUAAUAACAGUGUUAGCUCUCGUUGGUGCCGCCAUCGCGGCACCAAACGCAAUUGCUCCGCGUAUUGUUGAAGAAUCGGCAACAGGCGCACUUGACCAGCGUAUUGUUGGAGGAUCCGAUGCAAAUAUAGAAGAUUACCCCUUUAUGGCUGUCAUUUUAGCAUCUCGUGGAGAUGACGUUCAAUUAAUUUUUAGACCCUACUGCGGUGGAUCUCUUAUUACUACCAGAGCCGUCCUCACGGCAGCCCACUGUUUCUUGAACAACGUUCUACCUAUUAAUCAUUUACGAGUGCGACUUGGCUCGUCACUAAGCUGGUUUGGUGGUCAACGAUAUAGAGUCGAUAAUUGGGUUAAGCAUCCCGGAUACAGUUGGCCUGAAGCAUACCACGACAUUGCUAUACUGAAACUCGCCACUCCCGCUAUACUCUCCAACCGCGUUGCUGUUGCUCCAAUCGCUGGACCCAAAUACAUCGUCCCAGAUAACACUACCGUCACUGCUGCCGGAUGGGGCCUCCUUGAAUAUGAUGGUGAACCAUCAGUAAUCCUUCAACAAGUUGAUGUAAAAAAAGUCAACCAUGAUAUCUGCAGAGCAAAUUACGCUGAACUACAGGCUCUGCUAGGCGAACAUGAAGUUCCUAACGUAACAUCGGAAAUGGUAUGCGCUGGUAUAUUGGGCGUCGGUGGCAAAGAUGCCUGCCAAGGCGACUCAGGGGGACCUCUUCUUCACCAAGGAGUCAUAGUUGGAGUUACCUCUUGGGGACACGAAUGUGCCCAUCCGAAGUAUCCCGGUGUCUAUGUCAACGUACCCUCUUAUACCAGUUGGAUAGUUGAGAAUGCGGAGAACUGA